GUGGUUUAUAAAGUGAAUUGCCGUUAGCCGGAAAAAGCGCCUCUCUCACACACACUCUCACACACACACACACACACACCACAGCGCUGAAACACACUCUGUGCUGCUGAAAAGGAGACGAGAGGAAAAAGGCAGAAGAGGAAAAAAAAAGCAGAAAAAGGGAGAAAAUCGAAAGUUUGCGUCUGAAACCGCAGGAGAGAAACUCAGCCUUCACCACUGGAUGGGAGAAGUUUUUAUGAGCGGAUUGGUGACGUCACGUUGUGUUAAAGAAAGGUUUUAUUAUUAAAUAAAAAGGAAAGAAAGGAAGAGGACCAAACAUGCCGAAAACUAUCAGUGUUCGUGUGACUACGAUGGACGCAGAGCUGGAGUUCGCCAUCCUGCCCAACACCACCGGCAAACAGCUCUUCGAUCAGGUGGUGAAGACCAUUGGCUUGAGGGAGGUGUGGUUUUUUGGACUGCAGUACCAGGACACCAAGGGCUUCCCAACCUGGCUCAAACUCAACAAGAAGGUGACGGCGCAGGAUGUGCGUAAGGAGAGCCCACUGUUGUUUAAGUUUCGCGCAAAGUUUUACCCAGAAGACGUCUCUGAGGAGCUCAUUCAGGAGGCCACGCAGAGACUCUUUUUCCUGCAGGUAAAGGAGGGAAUUCUGAACGAUGAUAUCUACUGCCCCCCUGAGACCGCCGUGUUACUUGCCUCGUACGCCGUUCAGGCCAAAUAUACUGACUACAACAAAGACGUACACACACCCGGAUACCUGUCCAAUGACAAGCUCCUCCCCCAGAGAGUGUUGGAGCAGCACAAACUGAAUAAGGAGCAGUGGGAGGAGCGAAUUCAGGUGUGGCAUGAGGAGCACAAGGGCAUGCUCAGGGAGGACUCCAUGAUGGAGUACCUGAAGAUUGCUCAAGAUCUGGAGAUGUAUGGUGUGAACUACUUCAGCAUUAAGAAUAAGAAAGGCACGGAGUUGUGGCUGGGUGUGGACGCACUCGGACUCAACAUCUACGAACAAAACGACAAGAUGACCCCGAAGAUCGGUUUCCCAUGGAGUGAGAUCCGAAACAUCUCCUUCAACGACAAGAAGUUUGUCAUCAAACCCAUCGAUAAGAAAGCGCCGGACUUUGUGUUCUAUGCCCCUCGUCUGCGCAUUAAUAAGCGUAUCCUUGCCCUGUGUAUGGGGAACCACGAGCUGUACAUGCGGCGCAGGAAACCCGACACCAUCGAGGUGCAGCAGAUGAAAGCUCAGGCUAAAGAGGAGAAAAACCACAAGAAGAUGGAGAGAGCAAUGCUGGAAAAUGAGAAGAAGAAGAGAGAGCAGGCGGAGAAGGAGAAGGAGAAGAUCGAGAAGGAGAAGGAGGAGCUGAUGGAGAGACUGAGACAGAUCGAAGAGCAGACCAAGAAAGCUCAACAAGAGCUGGAGGAGCAGACCCGCAAAGCAUUGGAGCUUGAGCAGGAGAGGAAGAGAGCACAUGAGGAGGCGGAACGUCUGGAGAAAGAGAAACAGCUUGCGGAGGAGGCAAAAUUUACCCUGCUGCAGCAGGCUGAGAACCAGAUAAAGAACCAGGAACACCUGGCUACCGAGCUGGCAGACCUUACCUCUAAGAUCUCUCUGCUAGAGGAUGCUAAGAAGAAGAAGGAGGAAGAAGCCACAAUGUGGCAGCAGAAGGCCACCAUGGUUCAGGAGGACCUGGAGAAGACGAAAGAGGAGCUGAAGAACACGGUGGUUUCGCCUCACGUGCAGGAACCCGUUCACGGAGAGAGCGAUCAUGACGAGAGCGACGAGAGCAGCGCAGAGGCCAGCGCCGAACUCACUAACGGUGCUGCGUACAAGGACCGCAGCGAGGAGGAGCGCAUGACCGAGGCCGAGAAGAACGAAAGAGUGCAGAAACACCUGCAGACUCUGAGCACAGAGCUGGCUAACGCCCGCGACGAGACGAAGAAAACGCAGAACGACAUCAUCCAUGCGGAGAACGUGCGAGCCGGACGUGACAAAUACAAGACGCUGCGGCAGAUCCGCUCAGGAAACACCAAACAGCGUAUCGACGAGUUCGAGUGCAUGUAAAGGCUCGGACACCACGAGCAGCCAGCAGGGGGAGCCACAGCCCCGGCCACCACUCCACAGCUCAAAACACCAAGCACAAGGCAACACAUUAGUGCGAAAGGGGAAUAGACAACAUUAUAGGGGCUACGGUAUAUAAGGGAGACUGAUUAUGCAUCUUUUUUCAAUUUGUCAUUUUUUUUUGGUCCUUUAUAAUAAAAUAUUUAAACAUAUAUAAUCUAUAUUUUUUGAAACUGCACGAUGGGCUGAAGAUCAUCUCUGUAGUUCUACUGAUUCGAGUUUAGAUCAUCGAUUCUCUAGAUUCUCACCUUCUCCAGACAAAAAGCUCGGCAUUUGUAAUAUUUACUACAAGUCGCUUUCCCAGUGCCAAUUCAGAUGAUUAAGUGUCAUUGAUGUCAUAGUUUUAAUUCUUUUUUUUUUUCUUUGCUUGGUGUCCUGACAUAUUUACACUCAGUGCCAUUAUGAUGACGCAACAAGUUUGUAGUUGUGGUUUUUUCUUCUUCUGAUUUAUACCUCUCUCUCUCUCUCUCUCUCUCUAUAUAUAUAUAUAUAUAUAUAUAUAAAUAUAAAAGGGCUUUUUUUCAAAAAGUCUUGUAGCAAAUUUCAUACUUUUUCAAAAAAAAAAAAAAAAAAGCGACAUAAUUCCUGCUGUUUGACAUAAACGAGAAAAAAAAUCACUUCAGAUUCGAUUCAGCUCUAAUUUGAUGCUAAGGAUAAAUAGCAUCGUGUCCCUGAUGACCAUCACUUGUGCCAAAUCAGUCCUCAUUUAUAUCAGUGUGUGUGUGUGUGUGUGUGUGUGUGUGUGUGUGUGGAGGGUCUGUGGACAUUCCCUGUAUUCAAUGCAAAUCAGACUGUACUUUUUUUUCCAACAGUACUCUGUUAUUUUGUUUGUUUGUUUUUAUUCUAAUGUUAAUUUUUUUUUCUUUUUUGCUCUGUUUGGUUUUUAAGACACGGAAACUUUGCAGUAUUAUUUGAAAGAAAUCUGUAUUAGUAAAACACACAUAAGAGCUGCGUUAUUUUCUCCUUGUUGUAGAUUUUAGAUCUUUAGCAUGUGUGCUAUUUAUCCACGAGGCCUUUAACACGCGACGGUUGGGUGUGUUGCCGAACAACACGCUGCGCCGAAGCAGUAAGGUUUUAUUUUUUUAUCUUAGGUUUAUUCUUUAUCUCUCUGAUAAUCACGACUGUUAUCGGUAUGUAAAAGAUGGAGAUUGUGGAUUAGUUAUUCUCCUGUUCGCCGCUCCACAGGCGCCACACGCCUCCUGUUUAGCCAAUCGAGAACAAAAGAUUUCUGCUUUGAACCUCUUCCUUAAAACUGUCAAUAAAGUAUUACAAAAACA